AGGCAGGCGUGGUGGGGCCCGCGAGCGUCAACACAGUCCUCCUCUUCCGAGUCCUCUCCCGGGUCAGUUAUUGUUUGGGAGUCGUAGUGAGCGGUCGUGUGUCGCUCCUGCUCCCUCCCUUCCUUCACUGGGCACCCCAAGUUCCCUCACGCCACUACCCCGCGCCUUUACCUCUAAUGGCGUACGGCCAACAUAACAUACCUGAAAACAUAACCACAUGAUCUGAAGUGAAAUAACAAGUGACAAAAAAUAGCCAACGGUGGAAAAAUAAUUAAUUAAAGUCUCAUCUAAUAUCAAUAAGGAUUAACACGACACCUGGAUACCCGUGGAGUAAUCUAGGAGAGGAUACCAAGGUCUUCCUCCAGUACCAAGACAAAACUGUGCAGGAGAUUAUGGGGGCUGAUAAAGCAGAGACCUUCGCCCUCAGGGUGUGUCUGGUGGCGGCGGUGGUGAGCAGCGCCCUGGCCAACCUGGAGAUGGCCAAGAUCCGUCGUGAAGGCGGCAGUACCGUCACCUCCUCCACCCUGGCCUGGGUGCCAGACGCACCUGGAGGUGGUCUGCCCCCACACGCCGUCCUCAUCACGGAGGACGACCCGUCAACUGUGUGGUGUCGCGCCGAGAAGCACAGCACCUGGAUGGCCGGGGCCAUGCACGCCGGCACCUGCACUGUCCCCUUCCUGGGUAACGUCCUGCGUAUUGAGUCGAACUACGAGAUCUUGAUCUCCGUCAACGGGUCAGCCCGCGUGAUGUACGAAAACUGGGACCGAUACCUGGCGCCGCCACACAACGCUGUGUCUGCUGAGACGCGCCGGUUCCUGGCCGUGCGUGAAGGUGAAGAUGGCUUUCCUCAGGCUGGUUACUUGGCCCCUCGAGAGCGACGUGCUCACCUGGUGGCUGGCAGCACCGUGGAGCGUGUGGACGAUGCUAAGGUCCUGGUCGAGGACGAGCCCGAACGAUACGACCUUCGAGCUAUAACUCUAGACACCGGCCGUACCUCCAUAGCACGGGAAGACUUAAUCCUGGCGGAGGCCAUGUUGCUCAACCCCGGGCCAUCACGCCAGCACGUUGUAGAGGCGAGGGAAGUGGUGGUGAAGCAGCUGUCCUACUGGGGCCGCAUCAAGGGCACCUACACCGGCCUCGACGCCCACGUGGUGACUCCCCCACCAGAGGCAGAGGAGCGAGACCUGGUGUGGGGUAUACAGAACGAGCUGGACCGUGUGUACCAAGACCUUCUCGAGUAUGACCUGCCUCCUGGCACGGGUGUCAGGGUCAAAAUGAUUGGCACUGUACGCAAGACUGAGGCGCCCUAUUUCGGCACCCUGACCGCUGUGUACAAGGACCUUAGCCAGAUCUCCCGGGUGGUGGAGGGCCUGCACAUGGACCAGCGGCUGGUGCUCCUCCGCGCUCAGUACUCGCCUCCUUACUUCAUCCACAACAACACACAACUUAACAUACCUGAACAGACUUCAGUACUGUACAAGUCGACCACCACCACAACCACUACCACCACAACUACCACCACUACCAGCACGACCCCUGACCCACCUAAGUUAUCAAUGGUGGGACCUGAGAAGCCUAUGAGUGAUUCCUUGAGCACGACGUCUCAGAGGGAGGUGGUGGUGGGCCUCAACAGUGGAACUGGCACCGUAUACCCCGCCGUGGCCAUGCUGGGGGUGGCAGCCCUCACCCUGGUCACUCUCUCAGCUGUCUUUGGACCGUCAACAACUACACUUAUCUGCUAAUUUCUUUACUUCUAAGAUUAUUGUUCAUUUACCUAAAACUUGGCCUAAUUGAAGGUCAACGACAACUGGGAGAGACCACUGCAACUUUUACACUUCUUCUCAGAAUAAACUUUUGUAAAACUAUUGUACAGAAGGUAAGCGACAACUACUACCGUAUAUUCUGACAAGAAUAAACCUCAAUGUUGUCAUUAAUAAAGUGUUAGUAAAGUAGAAACUAGAUGUGUCUUGUAUCAAAUGUUUACCCCAGAGAGAGAGCUGUUACUGGCUCAUGUGGUCACGUCCACCACAACGGCACAAACAUUUCCUCAGUUGUAUCUGGAGAAUCCUUCCUAAACUGAGUCCUGGGCCACGUCCCCAGGAUGCUACUGAGGCCUAUACCCUGGGCAUUGGCGUUCUUCGUCAACAGGUGCAGUAGUGCUGGCAAGUUGCGGUGUUCUCACCACCAUACACAACUACGGCCGGGUAGCAGACUGCAGGCUUCGCCUGUGGCCUGUGUUCACCAUGAGGCUCUGCCUCUAUUCCCAUGGAUGACCUCUUGCUCCCAGCCUCUCCCACACGCCCUCCCACCCUGCCUCCUCGGUCACCACAAGCACCUGAGUGGCGCCAGCAACUUUCUGCUGCUUCGCUAUAUUCCCGACACCUCUAAUUCCGCUGCUGCUGACGUAAAUUCAUUAUUAUUAUUAUAACUAGCCUUUGUGACGAGGAUAUACAUUUAUAACUGUAAGUAACUGUGUGACUGACUAACUGGGAUGAGUAAUAUAAUCUUAACGUAGGUAGAGUGGUCUGACUGAGUGUGUGAAGAUGAUGUACUGUACAGGAGAGAGAGAAUGAAGAGUGUGAAUGUUUGUAAAUAGUGAGUGUACUGUACAGCUCGAACUUGUAUAUUUACCAGGUACUGUAGUGGCUUCCUUCUGUGUUUGUACUCGUGACUAUAAAACCUUGUUAUCAAUUAUUUGUUGCCGGUGAAGCCUAUUUAUUUCCACACCUGUUGAUCCCCUAAAAUAAUUACCUGAUGCUCACUCCACCUGUCAACACCUGUCAUGUCAAAUUAAUGUCACUAGUCAUGUCUGUCAUAAAGGUGACAUGACUAGUACAGCAUAACUAUAAACCAGGUAGCAGCAUCAGGUAAGGUCCUUAAUUAUACUUACCUGUACAGUGUGAAGCCUUGACACAUGCACAAGACUAUGGAGUUUUGACGUCUCCUGUGUGUUACAGAGGAGCUCUAAUGUGUUACAGAGGAGCUCUAAUGUGUUACAGAGGAGCUCUAAUGUGUUACAGAGGCGCUCCAAUGAGUUACAGAGGAGCUCUAAUGUGUUACAGAGGAGCUCUAAUGUGUUACAGAGGCGCUCCAAUGAGUUACAGAGGAGCUCUAAUGUGUUACAGAGGAGCUCUAAUGUGUUACAGAGGCGCUCCAAUGAGUUACAGAGGAGCUCUAAUGUGUUACAGAGGAGCUCUAAUGUGUUGCAGAGGAGCUCUCAUGUGUUGCAGAGGAGCUCCAAUGUGUUACGGAUGAACCCUAUCAUAUUAUAGAGGAGCUUUAUUAUGUUCUAUAAUAUCAGAUGCCUAAAUGUUGUAAGUCUUAGUGUUGUGUGUAGCUAAGAGAGAGAGAGAGAGAGAGAGAGAGAGAGAGAGAGAGAGAGGUGUACGAGGGUCUUAAUGAAUUUGUACCUGUCAAGUGUAAUAAAGGUGUAGAUCAUCA